AUGAACGCUGACGAUCUGAAGAAGCUCGAAGAGGAGCUGAAGAACCGCGAGUCCAUCGUACGGGCUCGUGAGGAAGAACUCAAGCGUCUUGACGAGGAAAAAGGAAAAACUGUCCUCAUCCGUGCUCCGGCACCCUCGUCUUACGCCGCCUCCAUCAAGAUGUAUGUUCCCAUCACUCUGGAUCUUUCGGACUCCAACUACGUCAAGUGGCGUGAGCUGUUUCUCGUCGCCCUCGGACGCUACGUCCUCUCCAACCACGUCGUCGGCGACGCCGCCGCCACUCCGUCCGACACUUCGCCUACCUCCGAUUGGGGGCGAGACGACUUCACGGUGCUCUCCUGGAUAUACGGCUCGAUCUCCAUCGAGCUUUUUGGCAUCAUCAUGGCUCCCGGCUCCACGGCGCGGCAGGUCUGGGACUCCAUCGCCAACCUCUUCCAUGACAACAAGAAAAGCCGCGCCCUAGCACUUGAUGCCGAGUUCCGCAACACACCUCAAGGAGACAUGUCCAUCCACGACUACUGCGCCAAGCUCAAGUCUCUUGCCAAUGCUCUCAGCGACGUCGGCCAGGACAUCACCGAUGAGACUCUCGUCCUCACAGUGCUUCGCGGUCUCAACGAACAGUUCAACCAUCUUCGGUCUUUUCUUCCGUUCCAACUGUCGUUCCCUUCGUUCUUGCAGACGCGUUCCGCGCUCGUCCUCGAGGAAACGCAGAAGAAGACGGACGCCAAAAAUGCGGCCGCUACGGCGUUAUGGGCAAGCGGCAACAGCGUUCUCCCUCAGGCUGGCGGAGAGCGUGCUCCUACUCGUGGACAUGGUGCCGGCUACAGCAGCAACGACUCUCGCACUGCCCACUCCCACCCCAUCGUGCCCUACACCAACUCUGGCCGUGGUGGUGGAAGCAGCGGCCGCCGCGGGCAUGCCGGCGGCCUCUGA